UAGAAGUCUCCCACAAUGAGAGUUGUAGAAUGUGUGUUCCUCCUGGCUCUCAUCACAGCUGUUCAGGGGCAGUCACUCACCUCUUCUGAGCCAUUAGUGAAGAGCCCUGGAGAGUCAGUAACACUGUACUGUACUGUGUCUGGUCUGCCCCUGAGCUGGUUACACUGGAUCCGUCAGAAACCAGGGAAAGGUCUAGAGUGGAUUGGACGCAUUGACAGUGGCACUGGCACUAUAUUUUCCCAGUCUCUACAGGGUCAGUUCACCAUCACCAAAGACAACUCCAAAAAACAGCUGUACUUAGAGGUGAAAAGCCUGAAGACUGAAGAACUACUUUGACUACUGGGGGAAAGGGACCAUGGUGACCGUGUCCACAGCCUCAUCAACUGCUCCGACUUUGUUCCCUCUUGCGCAAUGUGGCUCCGGGACCGGAGAUAUGGUGACUCUGGGUUGCAUUGCCACUGGCUUCACGCCUGCCUCCCUCACCUUCAAAUGGAAUGAACAAGGCGGAAAUUCCCUGACUGAUUUCGUUCAGUACCCUGCGGUCCAAACCAGUGGAAGCUACAUGGGAGUCAGUCAACUCCGUGUAAAGAGAGCAGACUGGGACAGUAAAAUCUUUGAAUGCGCCGUGGAACAUUCAGCUGGUUCAAAGACUGUACCAUUGAAGAAACAAGUGCAGCGGGUCAUUCCUCCAAAUAUCACCCUGUAUCCUCUCUGGGAGGAACUGGAGGGAGGAUCGAAGGUGGGACUCCUCUGCAUUCUGAGUGGAUUCUACCCUGACAAGCUGAGUGUGGAGUGGCUGCUGGAUGACAAAACUGCGACCACCUCUCCAGUCCAGCGGAAGCUGCAGAGUGUAGAAGGUGAGGAGAAAACUUUCAGCCUGAACAGCCAGCUGGAGCUGGACCAGGGCCAAUGGACUCAAGGGUCAGAGGUCACAUGCAAGGCCACCCACAAUGCAGCACAAGGACCACCUCCAGGAACAACAGUCUCCAGGACCAUUAGCAUUUGCUCAGCUUUUCCCUCGUCUACUCCAUCCAUCCACCUGGAGACCCCCAGGUUCAGGACAGUGAUGACACAGACUGAGGUAACAGCUACAUGUGUGGUCCACUCUGCGUAUGACGCCAAAGUGGCCUGGCUUCUGGAUGGAAAGGACCCAACCAGCAGGACCCCAGUGAACCAGGCCAGCAGCACAACUCAGAGCAUCAGCAGUAACCUGACUCUUCCCUCAAGCCAAUGGAAAACCCUGAACACAAUAACAUGCAGAGCUGAACAUCGCUGCUUCAACCGCACACAGAGGACCAGCAAUGUUAAAGGACCUGCAGUGAGCAGCACUCCCACAGUUCUGAUCAGGAGGUCUCUCCCAGACUUACUGGAUGGAGACAGUGCUGUGCUGGAGUGUGCCAUCACACAACUCUCCUCCAGUGACAUCUACGUCACCUUUCAGGCCAAUGGGGUUGAUUUCCCUGAGAAACAGUAUGUUGAUCUGCCUGCCUCCAAAGACCACCAUUCACUCACCAGACGGUUCUCUAUACCCACAUCACACUGGAAGAAAGACAACACUUUCACCUGUAAAGUGAACCAAGGCUACUCCAACAGCUGGGUGUCUAACUCCACAGGAACACUUUUUGGUGAACCGUCCAUGGAACUCCUUCUAGUCCCCAAUGAGGAGCUGUCAGGCUCAGGGACCCAGAAACUCAUGUGUUCUGGGCGGGGCUUCAACCCUCAGAUCAAGUGGCUGUCUGGAUCUAAUCAGAGGUCUGCAGCAGACAAUGAGAGAAGGAUGAGGGAAGACGGACAUGUGGCAGUAACCAGUCAUAUCACAGUAACACAGCAGGAGUGGAAUGAGGGGAAGGACUUCAUCUGUGAGGUCAUAGACAAAGAUCUUCAGAAAACUGUCAGGAAGAGCACCAGUUUAUGCACAGCUUUUCCCUCGUCUACUCCAUCCAUCCACCUGGAGACCCCCAGGUUCAGGACAGUGAUGACACAGACUGAGGUAACAGCUACAUGUGUGGUCCACUCUGCGUAUGACGCCAAAGUGUCCUGGCUUCUGGAUGGAAAAGACCCAACCAGCAGGACCCCAGUGAACCAGGCCAGCAGCACAACUCAGAGCAUCAGCAGUAACCUGACUCUUCCCUCAAGCCAAUGGAAAACCCUGAACACAAUAACAUGCAGAGCUGAACAUCGCUGCUUCAACCGCACACAGAGGACCAGCAAUGUUAAAGGACCUGCAGUGAGCAGCACUCCCACAGUUCUGAUCAGGAGGUCUCUCCCAGACUUACUGGAUGGAGACAGUGCUGUGCUGGAGUGUGCCAUCACACAACUCUCCUCCAGUGACAUCUACGUCACCUUUCAGGCCAAUGGGGUUGAUUUCCCUGAGAAACAGUAUGUUGAUCUGCCUGCCUCCAAAGACCACCAUUCACUCACCAGACGGUUCUCUAUACCCACAUCACACUGGAAGAAAGACAACACUUUCACCUGUAAAGUGAACCAAGGCUACUCCAACAGCUGGGUGUCUAACUCCACAGGAACACUUUUUGGUGAACCGUCCAUGGAACUUUUUCUAGUCCCCAAUGAGGAGCUGUCAGGCUCAGGGACCCAGAAACUCAUGUGUUCUGGGCGGGGCUUCAACCCUCAGAUCAAGUGGCUGUCUGGAUCUAAUCAGAGGUCUGCAGCAGACAAUGAGAGAAGGAUGAGGGAAGACGGACAUGUGGCAGUAACCAGUCAUAUCACAGUAACACAGCAGGAGUGGAAUGAGGGGAAGGACUUCAUCUGUGAGGUCAUAGACAAAGAUCUUCAGAAAACUGUCAGGAAGAGCACCAGUUUAUGCACAGCUUUUCCCUCGUCUACUCCAUCCCUCCACCUGGAGACCCCCAGAUUCAUGACAGUGAUGACACAGACUGAGGUAACAGCUACAUGUGUGGUCCACUCUGCGUAUGACGCCAAAGUGUCCUGGCUUCUGGAUGGAAAAGACCCAACCAGCAGGACCCCAGUGAACCAGGCCAGCAGCACAACUCAGAGCAUCAGCAGUAACCUGACUCUUCCCUCAAGCCAAUGGAAAACCCUGAACACAAUAACAUGCAGAGCUGAACAUCGCUGCUUCAACCGCACACAGAGGACCAGCAAUGUUAAAGGACCUGCAGUGAGCAGCACUCCCACAGUUUUGAUCAGGAGGUCUCUCCCAGACUUACUGGAUGGAGACAGUGCUGUGCUGGAGUGUGCCAUCACACAACUCUCCUCCAGUGACAUCUACGUCACCUUUCAGGCCAAUGGGGUUGAUUUCCCUGAGAAACAGUAUGUUGAUCUGCCUGCCUCCAAAGACCACCAUUCACUCACCAGACGGUUCUCUAUACCCACAUCACACUGGAAGAAAGACAACACUUUCACCUGUAAAGUGAACCAAGGCUACUCCAACAGCUGGGUGUCUAACUCCACAGGAACACUUUUUGGUGAACCGUCCAUGGAACUUUUUCUAGUCCCCAAUGAGGAGCUGUCAGGCUCAGGGACCCAGAAACUCAUGUGUUCUGGGCGGGGCUUCAACCCUCAGAUCAAGUGGCUGUCUGGAUCUAAUCAGAGGUCUGCAGCAGACAAUGAGAGAAGGAUGAGGGAAGACGGACAUGUGGCAGUAACCAGUCAUAUCACAGUAACACAGCAGGAGUGGAAUGAGGGGAAGGACUUCAUCUGUGAGGUCAUAGACAAAGAUCUUCAGAAAACUGUCAGGAAGAGCACCAGUUUAUGCACAGCUUUUCCCUCGUCUACUCCAUCCCUCCACCUGGAGACCCCCAGAUUCAUGACAGUGAUGACACAGACUGAGGUAACAGCUACAUGUGUGGUCCACUCUGCGUAUGACGCCAAAGUGUCCUGGCUUCUGGAUGGAAAAGACCCAACCAGCAGGACCCCAGUGAACCAGGCCAGCAGCACAACUCAGAGCAUCAGCAGUAACCUGACUCUUCCCUCAAGCCAAUGGAAAACCCUGAACACAAUAACAUGCAGAGCUGAACAUCGCUGCUUCAACCGCACACAGAGGACCAGCAAUGUUAAAGGACCUGCAGUGAGCAGCACUCCCACAGUUCUGAUCAGGAGGUCUCUCCCAGACUUACUGGAUGGAGACAGUGCUGUGCUGGAGUGUGCCAUCACACAACUCUCCUCCAGUGACCUCUACGUCACCUUUCAGGCCAAUGGUGUUGAUUUCCCUGAGAAACAGUAUGUUGAUCUGCCUGCCUCCAAAGACCACCAUUCACUCACCAGACGGUUCUCUAUACCCACAUCACACUGGAAGAAAGACAACACUUUCACCUGUAAAGUGAACCAAGGCUACUCCAACAGCUGGGUGUCUAACUCCACAGGAACACUUUUUGGUGAACCGUCCAUGGAACUUUUUCUAGUCCCCAAUGAGGAGCUGUCAGGCUCAGGGACCCAGAAACUCAUGUGUUCUGGGCGGGGCUUCAACCCUCAGAUCAAGUGGCUGUCUGGAUCUAAUCAGAGGUCUGCAGCAGACAAUGAGAGAAGGAUGAGGGAAGACGGACAUGUGGCAGUAACCAGUCAUAUCACAGUAACACAGCAGGAGUGGAAUGAGGGGAAGGACUUCAUCUGUGAGGUCAUAGACAAAGAUCUUCAGAAAACUGUCAGGAAGAGCACCAGUUUAUGCACAGCUUUUCCCUCGUCUACUCCAUCCCUCCACCUGGAGACCCCCAGGUUCAUGACAGUGAUGACACAGACUGAGGUAACAGCUACAUGUGUGGUCCACUCUGCGUAUGACGCCAAAGUGUCCUGGCUUCUGGAUGGAAAAGACCCAACCAGCAGGACCCCAGUGAACCAGGCCAGCAGCACAACUCAGAGCAUCAGCAGUAACCUGACUCUUCCCUCAAGCCAAUGGAAAACCCUGAACACAAUAACAUGCAGAGCUGAACAUCGCUGCUUCAACCGCACACAGAGGACCAGCAAUGUUAAAGGACCUGCAGUGAGCAGCACUCCCACAGUUCUGAUCAGGAGGUCUCUCCCAGACUUACUGGAUGGAGACAGUGCUGUGCUGGAGUGUGCCAUCACACAACUCUCCUCCAGUGACCUCUACGUCACCUUUCAGGCCAAUGGUGUUGAUUUCCCUGAGAAACAGUAUGUUGAUCUGCCUGCCUCCAAAGACCACCAUUCACUCACCAGACGGUUCUCUAUACCCACAUCACACUGGAAGAAAGACAACACUUUCACCUGUAAAGUGAACCAAGGCUACUCCAACAGCUGGGUGUCUAACUCCACAGGAACACUUUUUGGUGAACCGUCCAUGGAACUCCUUCUAGUCCCCAAUGAGGAGCUGUCAGGCUCAGGGACCCAGAAACUCAUGUGUUCUGGGCGGGGCUUCAACCCUCAGAUCAAGUGGCUGUCUGGAUCUAAUCGGUCUGCAGCAGACAAUGAGAGAAGGAUGAGGGAAGACGGACAUGUGGCAGUAACCAGUCAUAUCACAGUAACACAGCAGGAGUGGAAUGAGGGGAAGGACUUCAUCUGUGAGGUCAUAGACAAAGAUCUUCAGAAAACUGUCAGGAAGAGCACCAGUUUAUGCACAGCUUUUCCCUCGUCUACUCCAUCCAUCCACCUGGAGACCCCCAGGUUCAGGACAGUGAUGACACAGACUGAGGUAACAGCUACAUGUGUGGUCCACUCUGCGUAUGACACCAAAGUGUCCUGGCUUCUGGAUGGAAAAGACCCAACCAGCAGGACCCCAGUGAACCAGGCCAGCAGCACAACUCAGAGCAUCAGCAGUAACCUGACUCUUCCCUCAAGCCAAUGGAAAACCCUGAACACAAUAACAUGCAGAGCUGAACAUCGCUGCUUCAACCGCACACAGAGGACCAGCAAUGUUAAAGGACCUGCAGUGAGCAGCACUCCCACAGUUCUGAUCAGGAGGUCUCUCCCAGACUUACUGGAUGGAGACAGUGCUGUGCUGGAGUGUGCCAUCACACAACUCUCCUCCAGUGACCUCUACGUCACCUUUCAGGCCAAUGGGGUUGAUUUCCCUGAGAAACAGUAUGUUGAUCUGCCUGCCUCCAAAGACCACCAUUCACUCACCAGACGGUUCUCUAUACCCACAUCACACUGGAAGAAAGACAACACUUUCACCUGUAAAGUCAACCAAGGCUACUCCAACAGCUGGGUGUCUAACUCCACAGGAACACUUUUUGGUGAACCGUCCAUGGAACUCCUUCUAGUCCCCAAUGAGGAGCUGUCAGGCUCAGGGACCCAGAAACUCAUGUGUUCUGGGCGGGGCUUCAACCCUCAGAUCAAGUGGCUCUCUGUGUCUGCAGCAGCCUAUGAGAUUAGGAUGGGGGAAGACGAACGUGUGGCAGUAACCAGUCAUAUCACAGUAACACAGCAGGAGUGGAACCAGGGGAAGAACUUCACCUGUGAGGUCAUCGACAAGUAUCUUCAGAAAGAGGAUCUUCAGAAAGUCAGAAAGAGCAUCAAUAUAUGUGCAGUGACUCCAAUAUCGUCUCAGAAAGUGGGGGUGUACCUACAGGGACCCACUCUUCAGGAGCUGAGGACAGGUGGACAGGUGCCUGUCACCUGCCUGCUGGUGGGUCCCAGCCUUGGGGACUUUUCUGUCAGCUGGAAGGUGGAUGGGUUUGUGGCUUCUCAAGGUGGGGUCACACGGGCCCCAAAGGACCAUUCCAAUGGGACACAGACUGAGCAGAUCAUGUUUAAUGUGUCUGCGAGGGAUUGGCAUGCACACAAACUUGUGUCUUGUGAGGUGAAGCACCGCUGCUCCAGCCAAGCCCAGGUGGAGCAUAUCACCAAAUGCAGAGAUCCCAAGCCACCCUCUAUAAAGAUAGUGAGACCAUCAGAUUCUGAUCUAUGGGGGUCAAAUAAUGCCACACUGCUUUGCUUGGUGUCUGGGUUCUUCCCCUCUGAUGUAAUAGUGAAUUGGGAGAAGGCCGGCAGUCGUCUACCUUUUUCGCGCUACUCCAGUAUCCCAUCAUUCCUUUAUGCAGGGAGCAGCACCUACUCCAUGAACAGUAGACUCAUCGUGCCCAGGUCCGAGUGGGAUCAGAACUCCAAUUACUCAUGUGCUGUCAGACACGAGUCCUCCGAGAGACCUAUCACCCACACAAUAGAGAAUGUAUUUGGCUCAGUGACCCCCUCUGCACCAACAGCAACCCUGCUCCAGGGUCCCAGUGAGCUCGUCUGCCUGGUGCUUGGCUUCAGCCCUUCGGACAUCAACAUCACCUGGCUGCUGGACAACGUCACAGAGCUGUGGAACAACAACACUAGCACCACCUACAGGGCACCAGGAGGAAAGUUUGGCAUCAGGAGCCACCUGAGCCUGGCACACCAGGACUGGACACCGGGGGCUGUUUACACCUGCAGGGUGACCCACACCACCCAGACUCUGGCCCUGAACAUAUCCAAACCAGAGCUCCUUGGGGUGGAGGGUGUCUUCUUUGACGAGAACAGGUCUGAUCCCAUUCUGGCGGAUACUGCAGAGGAGAACUGGAACAUGGCCUGCAUCUUCCUGGUCCUCUUCCUCAUCUCCCUCCUCUACAGUAUCACAGUCACUCUGGUCAAGACAAAAUGAUGACUUCAGGACACUUCCAUAUGACAGAACCCUAGGAGUUCAACUGGAAAGGAAACCAUUUAUUUCAACCUUUUCCUAUACAAUCACAACACGUUUCUUUACAACAUUGCAUACAUUUAAUUACUUACAUUUUCCUGUUGCAGGUUUGAUGACAGGGAAUUGUUCUUGUUUUUAUUCCCCACAAAGACAGACAAUGUGGUGGUGCGCUUACUUGCUCUCAUCUCUUGUUAAUGCAUUAUAUAAUUUUUGAGCAGAGAUAAAAAUGGAUGUUUAACCACUAUUAAAUAAAGCAUACCAUUACUCUCUAUGAUGAAGUGUUUAGACACCAGUUAUUGCUGAAUUAUCUGCUGAUAAUAAAACAUUAUUUCAAACAACCUA